GCGUAAAUCUUUUCCCCUUACUAAUUUAAACCACGAAAAAGGACAUAGAAACAGCCAACCAAAGGCUCCAGACAAAUGAAGUCACCUCCCUCUUCAUCUCCUUCUUCCUCCCUUCUUCUCAGAAAAACUCGUCUUUCUCCUUUUCUAUUCACUUUAUUAGCCGUCAUUGUCUUCAUUGCUGUUAUUCUUUACAGUGAAGUCUUCAGCCAAUGUGAUACCAAACUCUAUGGCCUUCGCGUUUCCAUCUCAAGAAUCAUAAAAAACAAGGAGAAGUUGCCAUUUGCUAUAGGAGAAAGAGAAGAGGGGUGUGACGUGUUCAAAGGAAGGUGGGUUUGGGAAAAGAGCCGACCUUUAUACGGGGAAUACGAGUGUCCUUACAUACAACCACAGUUAACUUGCCAAGAACAUGGUCGUCCAGACAAAGACUAUCUGCAUUGGAGAUGGCAACCUCAUGCUUGCUCUCUUCCUAGUUUCAAUGCAACAUUAGUGCUGGAAAGCCUUAGAGGGAAGAGGAUGUUAUUCGUUGGCGAUUCCUUGAACAGAGGACAAUUUGUUUCCAUGGUAUGCCUUCUCCAAAGAAUAAUUCCCGAGAAUGCCAAAUCCAUGGAAACUUUUGGUUCCCUCACUGUUUUCACAGCAAAGGAUUACAAUGCAAAAAUUGAGUAUUACUGGGCACCAUUUCUGCUAGAAUCAAAUGCCGAUGAUGCAGUCAUACAUAGGAUUACUGAUAGAAUUGUCCGUAAAGGUUCAAUAAAUAAGCAUGGUAAAAAUUGGAAAGGGGCUGACAUAAUUGUGUUCAACACUUAUCUUUGGUGGAUGACCGGCAUGCCAUUCAAGAUUUUGCAAAAAGGGUCUUUCAAGGAUGAUGUGAAAGAUAUGAUAGAAGUGUCCACAGAGGAUGCAUAUCGCAUGGCAAUGAAGAGUAUGUUGAGAUGGGUGAAGAGGAAUAUGGAUCCAAAGAAAAACAGAGUAUUUUUCACUAGCAUGUCACCUUCUCAUUAUAAGAGCAUAGAUUGGGGAGGUGAACCUGAUAAGAAUUGUUACAAUGAAACUACAAAGAUAGAGGAUCCAAGUUACUGGGAAUCAGAUAGCAGCAAAAGCAUAAUGCAAGUGAUUAGAGAAGUAUUUAGUAAAUCAGAAGUGCCCAUAACGUUUCUCAACAUAACUCAGCUAUCGAGUUACAGGAAAGAUGCGCACACAUCAAUUUAUAAGAAACAAUGGAAUCCAUUGACACCAGAGCAAGUAGCAAACCCUGUUAGCUAUGCUGAUUGUACACAUUGGUGUUUGCCUGGGCUUCAAGAUACUUGGAAUGAACUUUUAUUCACAAAGCUAUUUUAUCCUUAGACACAUUUGAAAAUGUUAUUAAGCCUAAUUGUAUUAUACAAUAAAUACCAUGCGAAACAGUCUCUGCAGUGUAGAUAUAAUCUUGUAGCUAGCUUGAUCAACCUAA